AUGCUUAUUUGCACUGAGCACUUGGAACAAUUGCAAAACUGGACAUUAGACCAAAGAAUUAAAACUCGUCUAGAAGAUACCGGUUUUCCACGUUUAAGCGAACUUGGAAAAUGUCAACAUGAUAACCAGCUUCUAGAAUGUGUGGUAUCCCAUUUUAAUACCAACACAUGUGGAUUUGAAUUUGGUGAUACUAAAUUAGUUUUUGGCUUGAAAGAUGUGCUCAAAAUUACAGGCUUGCACAUUACAGAUUUGACCUUUAAAAAACACGGUGUAAUUCGAGGAGCUAUCAAGUUAUCUGUUCUUAGAGAAAAAUUUAUGGAAGUUCCACCAAAUGCAACUGAAGUUGAACUAGAUCGACAUGCUAGAGCAUAUGCUCUUUAUGUUCUAGGUUCGUCCUUAUUCAGUAGCUCUUCUAAGGGGGAUGUUGAUACUCUCCAUCUUCCAUUGCUUUAUAAUGUUAGAGAAAUAAAAGAUUAUCACGGUAGAAAUAGUUACCUUGUGGGUUUUGAAUCAUUUGAAGUUUGA